AUGCCCGGGGAGGCGGCCGGCGCGGAGCUGCUGCUGCCGGAGGCGGGCGGCCCGGGGCCCCGCACAGAUCUGUCCUGUGAUGCGGCUGUGGCCACCACCCCGAGAGGGGACCAGCUGGAGCAGUGCACCCUGACCCUUGGGCCCAGCGCCCUGGACCUCACGUUCCUGCCCAGCAAACCAGGCGCCCGGCCCCCGCCUGAGGGAGCCAGCUGGGAUGCAGGGCCUGGCCAAGCACCCUCAGCCUGGGCAGUCCCCAUGGAGGGUGGCCCCAGCCCAGGGCCCCCUGAGGUCCAGCCUGCAGAGGGACCUCUCCCAGCCACCCUGGAGCCACGGAUUGUGAUGGGGGAGGAGACGUGCCAGGCGCCCCCACCACCCUGGGUCGUCCUACCGGAGCUCAGGGACCAGGAGGGUGGGCCCACCAGCCUGAGCCCACCCACUGUGUUAUGUUCUCAGGGUGACCUUCCUGUGCCUUUCCGUGCCCCAGACCCCGAUUACUACUUCACGCCUCCCUCCACACCUAGUGGGACCCCUGCCUUGCUUCCCAGCUCUGGGCCCUGCAGGGGUGCCGGGGACACCCAGGCUGAGGCAGGGAACUCCGGGGACACGCCGCCCACCUCGCCCUCGGGCUCCUAUGUCACCGCGGACGGGGACAGCUGGGCCUCAUCUCCCUCCUGCUCCCUGAGCCUGCUGGUUCCCGGGGAAGAUCUGGAUGUGCCCCCAGGCUGGGGCUCCCCCCUAGGACCGGAGGCUCAGGAGUGGGAGCUGCCCCCUGUGGGGUCCCCGGGGGCCCCGUCCUCUGAGUCCAGCCUCUCCACGGACAGCAGCUCUUCCUGGGGGCAGGAGGGCCACUUCUCCGAGCUGGAUUUCCUGGCUGAUGACCCCAUGGUGCCAGCCGCCCUCCUGCCUUUCAGGGGCAGCCUGAUCGUGCAAGUGGAGGCUGUAGAGGUGACACCACUGCCCCCCGAAGAGGAGAAGGAGGAGGACGAGCAGGACGAGCAGGAGCACGAGGCCCCAGUGCCCAGCGAGGACGGGGGGGACAGCAGCUUCGCCUCCUCCCUGCAGUCGCUGUCAGACCUGUCGGUCGCCGCGGGCGUGGACGAGGCCUUCGCCUUCCAGGACGACUCCUCCGCAGCGUCCUCCGACCCCGACUCCUACCCCGGGCGGGAUGACGAGAGGCUGUACAGCGGGGAGCCCCACGCCCAGCCCACUGCCGCCCUGCAGGAGGGCCCCGCCGGCUCCGAGGGAGAGGUGGGCCCCACCCUGGGCGGGGUGUCCCCCGUGGCCCCGGCUCCACAUGCCCCGCAGGAAGCCCCGGGCCUCGCAGAGCUGACUUCUCAGGCCAGGAGGCCAGAAGCAGGCUCCACCGCUGGGGCAGCAGCUGUCCCUGUGGCCACACCUCAGCCCUGGCCGGAGGGGGCCGGCACCGCCGUAGACCCUGAGCCCUGGGCCGUGCAGGGGGAGGCAGGCUGCGUGCCCCCAGACACUCUGCAGGACCCGCAGGAAGACGCGCGCUGGGAGCCCCCGCCGGGAGAAGCCCACACCUCCCCCCAGGACCCUGUCCCUGUCGCCACAUGUGUGCCCCUGCGGGACGCAGGCCUGCCCCCCAGCCAGGCGCCCGCCGCUGCAGCCAGCCCUCGGGACCUGCAGACAGAGACCGACUGCACCCCAGGGACGGAGCCCAUCGCCACCACAGCCCAGCGGGGAGGAAGCGAGACCUCAGGACUGAAGCCAGCACCGGAGGCGAGGGACAUGGUCUGCGCUGGAGACCCGGAGCCUCUGGACUUGGCCCAGGCCCAGCAGGGUGGCCUGGAGCUGGCUGCAGAUGCCAAGAUGCGCUGGGCCUUACAUGGAGAUGCAGGCCCCCCUAAGCCUGUCUUGGAAACCACAGACACCCCUGAGCCCACCACACAGGCCCCAGACAUACCUGGACUCACCUCGGAGGCUCCGGAUACCCCUUGGCUCCCUGCGGGUAUCCAGGACUCUGCACAUCCCCCCAUGGAAACCUUGGACACCCCAGAUUCCUCCAACCCCACCAUAGAGAUUCCAGACACCCCCAAACCCACUGUGAAGAUCCCAGAGCCCCCCGUUCUCACCUCAGAGAUCCCGGAGCUCACUGCAAAGAUCCAAGACCACCUACACCCCCCCAUGGAGGUACCAGAACCCCAAGGUCUCUUCGAGGAGGCCAUGGACCCACCCAAGCCUGCCUCGGAGAUCCCGGACCCCCCUAAGCCUGCCUCAGACAUCUCUGGCACCCAUGAGCCUGCCUCGGAGAUCCCGGACCCCCCCGAGCCUGCCUCGGAGAUCCCGGACACCCCCGAGCCUGCCUCAGAGAUCCCGGACCCCCCCGAGCCUGCCUCAGAGAUCCCGGACCCCCCCGAGCCUGCCUCGGAGAUCCCGGACCUCCGCGAGCCUGCCUCAGAGAUCCCGGACCCCCCCGAGCCUGCCUCGGAGAUCCCGGACCCCCCCGAGCCUGCCUCAGAGAUCCCGGACCUCCCCGAGCCUGCCUCAGAGAUCCCGGGCCUCCCUGAGCCUGCUUCAGAGAUCCUGGACCCCCCCGAGCCUGCCUCAGAGAUCCCUGGCACCCCUGAGCCUGCCUCGGAGAUCCUGGACCCCCCCAAGCCUGCCUCAGAGAUCCUGGACCCCCCCGAGCCUGCUUCAGAGAUCCCGGACCCCCCCAAGCCUGCCUCGGAGAUCCCAGGCACCCAUGAGCUUGCUGCAGAGAUACAAGACCCCUCACAGUGCCCCAUGAAGGCCCUGGACCCCCCGGAUUGCUCCAAGGAGGCCCUGGGUUGCCCCAAGCCUGCCUUGGAGAUCCUGGAACUCCCACAUUCCUCCGCAGAGCCCCUGGAUGCCCCCAAAGAGGCCAUGGACCCCCCUGUACCUACAUCCGGUGGGGAGGAAGUAGCCAAGGGCCUGCUGGUGUCCCGCAGGGGAGCCUGUCCCAACGCUAGCCUCCCCGCUGGUGAGGGAGCUGAGCCCCGUUCACCUCCGAAGGAAGCCCCAGGUGCAGAGAACCAGGGGGAUGGAGGCUUGGAGCCAGCACCCCAGGGCACUGGGAAGGCUCCUGGGAACAGAUCCCCUAAGGUUGGCCUAGUCCAGCCCCAGAGCCCAGCUGAGGGUGGAGGGGGCACCCUGGGGCCCAAGCUUCCAUCUGCUGUGGCUCCAGAGACUCCAUCAGGGGCUGUGCCCAGGUUGGGCGGGGGCUGCCCUAAGGAGCCUGCCCCCACAUGCUCACUGCCCUCCUCCGGGCCAGAGCCUGGGCUAGGCCGGGAUGCAGAGCCAGCCCGGGCAGCACCUGGCACGCUUGACCCCUCCCCCCCACAGCCCCCAGACAGGCGCCAAAGCCCUGCACCCUCCGCUCCCAGCAUUCUCGCUCCCCCCUGCCCUCGACAGGGUCCCCAGGAAGGCUCGUUGGAUGGGGUGGGGUCCCUGGGCUCUCGGGACCCCCUGCUGCCCCAGGCAGGAGCCCCUCGGGCAGCGGCUGCCUUCUCAGGAACCACGAACCCCCGGGGGGCCAGGCAGCAGGUCAGCCUCCUGCCCCGCUCUUCCCUCCUCAGCCCCAAGGUGACCCCCCUGGGGGGCACCCAUGCCAAAGACCUGGCCUUGCGGACCCCAGCCCCCUGCCAAGUGCCUCCUGGCUCUGGGCCCCGGAGCCCCGCCAGCCCUCAAGGGCUCCAGGCCCUGGAGCAGCAGGACGACAAGGACAGCCUGGAGGAAGAGCCCGCCCAGGCCCCCGGCCCUGGCCAGCACUCGGACAGCCUCGGGCAGUCGUCAGUGGAGCUGGAGGAGCAGGACCUCUCAGGACCUCAGGCCGUGCAGUGCCCAGCGCAGGCCCCGGCCAGUGGCAGCGAGGAGACCGCGGCCAAAGCCAAGCAGAGCCGCAGUGAGAAGAAAGCCCGGAAGGCCAUGUCCAAGCUGGGCCUGAGGCAGGUGCAGGGCGUCACCAGGAUCACCAUCCAGAAGUCCAAGAACAUCCUCUUUGUCAUCGCCAAGCCCGAUGUCUUCAAGAGCCCGGCCUCGGACACUUACGUGGUGUUCGGGGAGGCCAAGAUAGAGGACCUGUCCCAGCAAGUGCACCGAGCGGCAGCCGAGAAGUUCAAGGUGCCCACGGAGCCCACCACCCUUGUCCCAGAGUCGGUGCCUGGGCCGCGGGUGAAGCCGGAGUGUGAGGAGGACCAGGGCGAGGAGGAGGAGGAGGUGGACGAGGCAGGACUGGAGCUGCGGGACAUUGAGCUGGUGAUGGCACAAGCCAACGUGUCCAGGGCCAAGGCCGUGCGGGCCCUGAGGGACAACCAGAGCGACAUCGUCAACGCCAUCAUGGAGCUGACAAUGUAGCCGCUGGCCAGCGCCCGGCUCCACCUCGACCCCAGCUCUGCUGCUCAGUCUCUGAGAGUUUCGAUAGAAACGUCAUG